AUGGAGGAUAAUUCACCGUCAUUGUUCCCUACUGAGGUAAAUGUUCACUAAUUUUGUUGUUCUUCAUUUUAGACGUCUAAAAUAAGGUGAAUUUAAGCGAAAAAAGGACAAUGACUCUCGUUCAAUUCUUUACAAUCGUAUAAACGAGUAUUUCCAGGCGAAUUCAUGUGAUAAAGUGGAAGAUGCAGCCCCACCGCCAGAACCACAGAAACCUCAGAUCUCCCAACUUCAGAUGGUCACACGACUCGCAAAUGGCAUCCAAAGUCCCACUGAAAAGUCGUUACAUUACCUAGUCGAAUCAGCACUCAUGAAUGGAUCUCAGGACUCAGAAGAUGGAACUCAAAGUGAUGAAGAAACUCCAAAAGUAAAGGAACUCCGAAAAGAGCAAAGUCUAGUGGAAGAAGAGCUCGGAGUGUUGGUCAAACGAGUUGAACGAGACGAUUAUGUGGAGAAAAGAAUAAAGGAGUUAGUGGAAAGGAAACGAUGGGUAGAGAUGAGGGUCAACAAACUGAUCGUAAGUUGUUUUGUUUAUGUUUUCCUUUUUAGGUAUAAUUAGUAGAUGUUUCUGUGGAGUUUAUGCCCAAAGACCGAUGUUUUUGUUUGUUUUUCGAGGUUUUUACUAUCCCCCUUUCGUUACGAUGAACGUCAUCUUUGUGCUUGUUCUCGAAAAAGAAUUCCAAGAGAAGAUUUCCGGCAAUUUUUUUGACAUUUCGAGUCCCGCAAAAAUUGAUAAUUGACACUCAAUUUUUAUUUCGAAUUUCCUUACAGAAAGAUCGACGAAAUCAAGCCGAAUACCGGAAGCGAAAAAGAGCUCGAGCUCCGAAACUCAGACCUCGAGGGCGCCCUCGUCUCGAAGAAAAGUAUCCCCAGCUGCUGGCAGCUCUAAUGGAUUGCGUUGACAACAACGAAACGAGCUCAGUCCCCAAGAUUCGGGAGGAAUUGGCUCGGCUUCAUGAUAUUGACAUCAAAAAGUCCACUUUGUACACAAGGAUUAGUACGACGUGAGUUCGUUGAGAUGUUUUCUUGCUUUUUGAUGUUAUUGUAGAUAGUUAUUUUUGGGUAACUGUGAGGUAUUUAUGAUGUUGAAGUUUAUUUUAUUAUUUAAGGCCCAACAAAACGAAGGAGCUCAAUGAGCAUUUUGUUACUCCUCUGAACGCCCCACAGCGACAUCCAUCGGCUUCAUCAUCCACCAGUUCCAGAAGAGGAAAUCAGAGUGUGAAGGACUUCCUUACGAGUAGACCUUCAGAGGAACAGGUGUCGGCAGAUGAUAUGUUAGAUCUCUUCAAAGGUCUCAGCCAAUUGGCAGCUUUCCAAGUUCCAGAUGAACAGGUAAGUGUAAUAUUGUUAAAAUAAUAUAGGGCCAUUAUUGCUAUCACAUUGUUCAUCUUUCAGAUUCAAUAUUGUUUCGACAUUCUCCGCCCCUUCUUCACUAAGAACGAUCCCGGCAGCCUCCCUCUCCUUGGACAACUUGCCGAGAAUGCCCAGAAAGUGUUCAACGCGAAUCAUCUCAACAACAUCCGACCUCGCCAGAUCUAUGACAACGCCGACAACAAUCAAGUUAUCAUCGUCAGUGACGAUCAGAAUCAAUGGGCGACGCAUGACGGGGCGAUGUAA